UUCUGAAACACGCAUCGCCUGGCGCCUUGAAUCGUCAUUCGAAUUGCAUGCCCCAUUACUUACAAGUCCUUUCGCUUCUCUACAUCAGACCAUGGCACCAUUAUCCAUCCUAAUCGUUGGAUGCGGCAUAGCAGGCCCAACCCUUGCUUCCUUCCUACUCCUCUCUUCGCAACCCAGCCAAGAGAAACCCAAGAUCACCAUCCUCGAGAGAUCUGUACCACGAGCACGUGGCCAGAAUAUCGAUAUUCGCGGCGCAGGGGUGACGAUCAUUUGCAAACUCGGGCUCGAGAGUGCUAUCCGCUCGGCCACCACUGGGGAAGAGGGUACGAAAUUCGUCGAUGCAAACAACCGAGCAUGGGCUUCUAUCGAGGCAGAUAAGUCUGGCCGUGUCCAAACAGGGACGAGCGAUUUUGAGAUUCUUAGGGGACGUCUGGCGGAGAUCUUGUAUCAAAGGUGUCAAGAGGUGAGCCACCAAGUACAAAAGAAUGGCGGAGAAGGUGUAGAGUUCAUCUUCGGCGAUUCUCCGGAAGAAUUGGAGCAAGACAGCCAAAAGGUGCAUGUACGCUUCGCCAACAGCGGCGAGAGAAGGACUUUCGACUUGGUGGUUGGCGCGGACGGCCUCCAAAGUCGGACGCGAAGGCUGGCAUUUGGAGAGCAGAGUGACCACGAGAGGAUCAAGCAACUGGGAAUGUAUGGUGGAUUCUUCAGCAUGCCGAAGGCCGCGACGGACGGCGAAUGGAGGCGCUGGUUCCAUGCGCCUGGAAGAAGAGGGAUAAUGGUGCGGCCGUCUGACGUGAGCGACAGGUCGACGGUCUUCAUGAGCGUCAUCAAUGAGAAAGAUGAGAGAUUGAGAGUGGUUGCGACAAGCGGGCACCAAGAUGUCGAGAAACAAAAGGAAUUGCUCCGGGAGUACUUUUAUGAUGCGGGCUGGGAAAGCAAGAGGAUUGUCAAAGAGAUGGAGGCUGCCGAUGACUUUUAUUAUGCCAUGGUGGCGCAGGUGAAAAUGGACAAAUGGAGUACUGGGAGAGUCGUGCUGCUUGGAGACGCUGGCUAUUGCGCCUCACCUAUCUCCGGAAUGGGCACAACAUUGGCCUUGAACGGGGCAUACAACCUUGCAGGUGCUUUGACGCGUCACCCUGGUGAUCAUACAGCUGCCUUCGCUGAAUACGAGGAGAAGAUGAGGCCGGUCGUCGAGCGCGCACAGAAAUUGGCUCCGGGUGCUCCGUACAUCUUUGCACCAGAAACGGCCUGGGGGAUUUGGGUAAUGCAUGUAAUCUGCGUCAUCAUCCAUUAUUCCGGACUGGCCCUUCUGAUGGCCAUGCGCUGGGGACCGCCAGCGAAUGCCGUGCCAGUUGAGGAUUAUGGAUUCAAGCAGUUGCCUGAUCGGUCGGACUAG